AUGGAGCUUGUAGAUUCUGCUGCCUUACAAAUCGACCUACUGGCCCUUGACUCACGUUUGCCAUAUAUGCUUCAGACUGGAGCUGAUUAUCUUCUCCAAGUAGCUGGAAUGUUUAACCAGGUCUGGCAUGUAAAUCAGGCCGUCUCGUCUUCCAAUCUUGCACCACCUCCGCCUUCUCCUGCUUUGUUUACGUAUUCUGCUCUUGCAUCGGGUGUCGUAGACAACGUUGCUCCUAUGACUUCUGGUAGCGUACAGAGCCAAAACUCUAGCUCCAGCUGUCUUGGCACCUUGGCUUGCACAUCUCCAACAGCUCUCCAGCAAUCUGGCAUCCCAAUUUUUAAUGCAGUUCUAUCCACCACUCCCAGUGAUACGCAGCCGAGUCAUUUCCCGUUGCUUUCUUCUGUUGUGUCUGGAACUUCUGCUUCCACCGCUAUGGGUGUUCCAGAACUUCCUUAUGUCUCUCGACAGGCUCCUGACGAACCCGAACUUCGGCCCAAAGCUGAAAAUCCUGAUGGUCUCGCUGCCACAGGCCAUAAACGAGCGGGAGGAUAUAUCGUUGCUUGUCUUUUUGCGACGGGUUCUGACCCAGAGCGCUGAAGCAUGUCAUGUCAAACCCUGCCAGCUCGUACCAACAGCUUUGGUCGUCUCUUCAUGAGUGGACGCCGAGUUGCUCGAAACCGUCAACAGCACGUCUCAGAUACUAAUAGUGUGCAUAGUUUCUCUGGUUUUCCGACGACAGCCUCGAGCGAAGUAUAUAAGGUCGCAGUCGGUGUCAUUACUGCCGAUGAGCAAGCAGAAGAAACCGCCAUCGAUGCACUUGAGUUGGAAUCAUUGGAGCCAGCAGUGGUGGGGAACAGCUUUGUCCCAGCUAGUACUAGCUCAGAUGACAAGUUUUUGAAUGCUGUUGAAAAUGAGAAUGGCAAUGCGAUUGAGCCUGUCUGGAGGCGCCUCCAGUUAGUUCUCUUGUCGACCGACUAUUCGGAUGGAUUCAUACUUCUUUCUUGGAGUGAGCAAUUAGGACAGCCUGAGAUAGAUGCGAGAGCCCGUGCAGAUUUGGCUUUUAAGGUCAGCGUCUUUCACUUGUAA